CUCGGAGUGUCCUUUGCAAUGAAAGUAAGUCCUGACGUAUCAACCAGUCUUAACUCAAGUAUUGCUCCAUUUUCUGCUCUUGCAUCAAGGGGAGCUGCGGUGGCACUAACUGGUCAAAGACAACGAAUCUUCCAUGCAGUUUCAAAGAGCUUGAAUUGGAUGAUGCCAAAUACAGUUAAUUUUCUGAAAAUUUUCAGAGAAAUUGUUGAUGUUACGGAUAUGAAGAACAGCAUGUUUCAUAGAUCGAAUUGUUUGGCUCUCAAUGAGGUUGAAAAAUUGCCAGAAGAACAGACACGUCUGAGCUUGACACCAGGUUUAGCACGCUAUAGUUUAUCUGGGUGUGAAGAAUAUUUGCUGCAGAAGGUUAGUCUUUCCCUGGCAAACUGCUCUAUGCUCUACUUUCCUGAUGUACCAGGGACCCGGAUAUGCGAUCCAGUGGAAACCUCUCAGUUUAUUGUAUACAUGGAGAACUUAGAGGAAUUUGGUCUUGAACGAGUUUUAUCUAUCUCCGACCAAGAAUGUAUUAAAGUCUGUAGAUCUACAACAUAUCAAGCAAAGAUUUCUUCAGCCCAGAUAUCAAACCGUAUACAAUCUUUAUUUAACCUGUUUUCCAGCAAGAAUGAGAUUCAUGCAGAUGGAAUAUUUGUGACUGUUUACUACAGUACCUUUGAUUAUAAGGAAAUAGCCUACAAGGGAAAGAGUUUAAAUGAUUGGUUAUCCGCUGUUGGUGGCAAUAUUGGUUUGUAUAUUGGAGCCUCUAUAUUUACUAUACUAGAACCUAUUAUUCUCAUAGAACAGGCUUUUACUGAGCUCAUUUGCUCUUUGGUAUCUAAACUUAUCAAAAAAUAAAAAAAGUUAAAAAAAGAACUGUUUGUAAUGAAUGUUAUUGCUGUUAAUUAAUAAACUAUAUCUAAUCUUU